AUCUGUCCAUAGAGGAAAUGCAGAAGAAUAGUGCCUCGGUCACCUGGUCGUCAACGAGCUGAAAACCGCGAAUGUUGGGUGGCAAAUAUAAAUGGUUUCUGACGUACUCUCAUCGUGACGCGCCCAUUGCCUGUCAUGGGUGUUCAGGUUGCGAGGAGAGGGAGAGAGGGUCGCUUGAUGGCAAAGUGUGGUGGCACGAGAGCGCAUCACGUCCGCUACGUGCUAAAAUUUCGCCGUUUCUAGACUGAUCGGUGACUACUGGUUUUGGUUCCAGUAGAAAGUGGAAAUUCGGUGACGAAUUGAUCGAUCGGGCAAAAUUGUGGUUUCGUGCUUCAUGGUUAUGUUGUUUCAUUCCGGUCCUCUGUCGCUGAGUUGGGUUGAACACUGAACUGUUCGUGAAAAUGUUAGGUCGAGAAAGGCAGCAGAACGACAACGAGGCUGUUGUUGUAUACCUGAGCUGGUCUUGUGACACAUUCAUGAUGUAGACAAGGUCAGAGAGAUUUAUGUCGGCAGAACCUGCGGACGUGAAUGGUUUUGCAUUGGUCGCUGCUGAGCAAACUUUGGGUGCUUUACCCUCUAUCAAGUCAUGAAGCUGACAUGUCUAGGAGGGGAAAAUGGAAACCUGUCAAGUCCGAACAGCUUCUUGCUCAACAUUUGCCAGACCAAAGUACUCUUGGAGUGUCCAAUUGACCUCUCUGCACUUCUGUUAUUCCUCCCAACUGUGCUGCCAGCGAAGGAAAUAAAGGCUGGUUCUCUUGAGGGUAGAAAUGUUGCAGGUGGCUCAGGCCCUCUCUCCAGCUCAAGCUUGGGGCUGGGAUCCGGGAGUGGUAGCUUCUCUACACACAGUGGUAAAAAAAUCAACGAAGGCUCUGGUGACCAGCUAGAGACUCUUCUGCCAGCAAAGAAACGACCAAAAGUGGGAACUGAGAGGACUUCAACACAUGCGUCAAGCUUUCCAGCCGGAGUGUCCAAUAGGCAUAACCACGGGGGGAACUACUCAUUGGAUGCCGCACCCUGGUACAAAACUCCGAGUUUUCAUCUCCUAGACAUUUCAUUACUGGAUGCAGUCAUAGUAUCCAAUCCUUUGGCCAUGCUGGGAUUGCCUUUCCUAGUCCGCAAUCCUGAAUUUACUGCUAAGAUCUAUGCCACGGAUGCAACUGCCAAGCUUGGCCAGUUGAUGAUGGAGGAACUAGUAACACUCCAUUCAGAGUUUGUACAGCUUUAUGGUCGAACAGCAGAGGCAGAGCUACCACCCUGGCUUGAGAAUGUACCUUUGCAAGAGGGGCAGGCUGGUGGGAAACGUGGAGGAGAACACUGGCAUCGUCUAUACAGCACAGCUGAUAUCAGAGCUUGUAUGGGGAGGGUCCAUGGACUUCGAUACGAGGAGAUAGCUAAUAUUAAUGGCUUCCUGAAAAUUAAGCCAUCAAGCUCGGGUUUUGGUAUAGGUUCGUGCAAUUGGGUCAUUAAAGGAACUCACAGGAGUCUCACUUACAUCAGUACGUCUAUCUUAAGCCCAAACCAUGCGACGCCUUUGGAUCUUCUCGCAUUGGGAUCUUGUGAGGUUCUUUUGCUUUCCAAUGUGGAGGCCCCGAAUCCCUUACUAGAAGAGUCUGCUGAAGUCAAAAAGGAAGGAGCCAUAUCAAUUCCUGGGAACAGGACUUUGGAUUCAAAGGUAGUUCAAACAGCUUCAAGUGAGACUCAGCAAGUUACUGAAGGGGCCACAGUACAGAAACAAACAAAUCAACGUCACUCAGCAAGUCCAGCUUCUUCACUGUCUCCUGCUCCUGUGGGCUCAGCAGCCGGAAAUUCAGGGUCUACACAAAAACCUUCAUCCAGUAUGCUCGUGCCAGUUACAUCUGAGAAGUUAAUAAAGACUACUUCUGACGAGCAAGAAGUCCCGAAACAGUCCACCUCGUUGACUGUGGAUGCCACAAUAAAGGCAGUCUGUAGGUCUGGGGUGGAAGCUGUAGGCGCAGGAGGUUCCGUGCUGUUUCCCGUCAGCUUCUAUGGCUCUUUCCUGGAGAUAAUAGAAGAGAUGUCAACUCAGCUUCGGUCGGCUGGAAUAGAAGUUCCGAUGUAUUAUGUCUCGCCAGUGGCAGAAGAAGUGCUGGCUUAUGUGAACACUGUACCCGAAUGGCUAUGCCCAGCUCGACAAGAGAAGCUUUAUGCCGGGGAAGCGUUAUUCGGUCAUGUCGAAGCUGUGCAAGAGAAACGACUGCAUCAUUUUUCAGCCCUUCACAAUCUUGAUCUGCUGCGGUGUUGGCAGGAGCCUUGCGUGGUAUUUGCAACUCACUGGAGUUUGAGAGUUGGUUCAGCUCUUCAAUUACUGCAGCGCUGGCGAAAUAAUCCUCUUUGUUUGCUCAUAUUAACGGAGCCAAAUGUUGAUGCAAAUCUUCUACUGGAGCCGUUCGAGCCAUAUGCUAUUCAAGUUCUUCAUCAACCAAUACUUUCUAGUCUGACGUCUCGGGAGGUUACUUCCAUCAUUCAAACUUUGAAGCCACGAUUAAGUUUGGUACCCGAGAGUUUCAAAGGCCUGGAAUCUUCUUCAAGGCAAGGGUCUGUGCCUGGUGGAGAGGUCUUGUGCUACAAAUCAUGGCAGUUGUACAAGGUUCCCCGCUUUCAGUAUGACUUGGAAGUUGAGAUGUCUGCAGAUCUUGCCCUCCAGAUUCAACUGAAACAAAUAAAAAGCGGAAAAGUGGCAGCUGCUCGUCUCAGUGCCGAUCUUCACGUUAAGGAUGGUCGAUGGUCACUUGAUUUGCCUUCUCCUUCAAGCUACUGUGGGGGUAGUCUGCGUAGUUUGCCAAGGCAUCAGAUACGGUGGGGGAAAGUGGACGUUGAUUCUCUUCUUACAGCGUUUAAAGAGCGGCAGAUGUAUGACGUGUAUGUGACAGAAAGAACAAUGCAGGAUGACCAGAGUCCGCAGGACAAGCGCAGCAACAAUGAGAUUAUUAUAGAAAUUACGUCUCCGUCAGCUGCCAAGAUUGAAAUAUCGUCAACCAGAAUCAAUGUUCAUGCAAAUGAACCUGGGUUGCGACGACUUAUUGUCGAAGUAUUGAAAAGUGCUCUCAAUGUUCUGUAAGAGCACCAGCAGCAUGUGCAAGAGCUCAAACCUGUUGAGGAAGCAUGCCAUUUAUGGAAAGCCUUCUGGUAAAUCGACAAGUUUUGUCUUCUUCCUUCAGUGAUCUCACGUUUGUCAUUCCGCUAGCUGAUUCAGGAAGGCGAUGAGGAAGGCGAUCACUGCAAUCCACUUUAGUUCUCGAUUACAGCAUUUCACUAGAAGUACUCAACCUCCUCACGCGUACCCACAUGUCGCUACAUCCAGCCUUGGAUAAGCACUUGCUUAGCCGAACUCGACACGUGGUAGAGGA